AUGAGGUCCACGCUCUCGAAGGGCGUCGUGUUCCUCCUGUACGGCCUAGCGGCGGCAGCACCCAAGUCGUCCUCCGGCAAUGGUGUCUCAAAGAGACAAUCUUCGCCCUCUGUACCAUCGGGCGCCCCGAAUGCUCCGGCACCUAGCGCCCCUGCAGCCUCUAACACACCGGAACCGGUUAACAAGUCUUGCAAUGCUCCCGAUAGCAGAGGCUGCUGGAUGGAUGGGUUUGACAUCAACACCGCCUAUGAGGACAAGACUCCAGAUACUGGAAUUACUCGCCAAUACGAAUUGGUGCUCACCGAGCACACAUCUUUCACGGGUGGAGAUGGAAUGAGCAAGAACUCCGCGAUGCUUAUCAAUGGUGCCUUCCCUGGCCCGACGAUCGAAGCUGAUUGGGGAGAUCACGUUGAAGUGCGGGUUGUCAACAACCUGAGGACAAACGGUACUUCAAUCCAUUGGCACGGUCUCCGUAUGUUCAAUAACAACGUGAAUGAUGGUGUGAACGGUAUUACGGAAUGUCCCCUCGCACCCGGCUCAAGCAAGACAUACAAAUGGAAGGCAGAGCAGUACGGAUCUUCAUGGUACCACUCUCAUUUUUCUGACCAGUACGCCAACGGUAUCGUCGGUGCCAUUAAGAUCAAUGGCCCCACGUCGGCGAACUGGGAUGAGGAUUUGGGUGUCUACACCCUCACGGAUUGGUACUACAAGGGAGCCGAUGAGAUUCGAUCUAGCUUCACCGCGCCUGCGGCUGUCCCUGCUAGUGACAACAUCCUCUUCAACGGAACGAACGUCAACAAGAACGGUGGCGGCAACUACUCUCGAGUCACACUCAAGCCAGGCAAGACUCAUAAGAUCAGUCUUAUCAACAUGUCGGUCGACAACACUUUCUCCGUUCAACUUGUGGACCACAAGAUGACGGUUGUCAACAACGAUCUUGUACCUGUGAAGCCUUUCGAGACAGACUCGCUGUACUUGAGUGUCGGCCAGCGCUAUGAAGUCAUCAUCAAGGCUGAUCAGGACCCCGGAGCCUACUGGUUCAACGUUUCUUUCCCGUCCAACAGGCUCUGCGGCACUUCAAACAUGAAUAAGCCUGCCUCGAUCUUCCAGUACGAAGGUGCAAGCACCAAGGCGUUGCCCCGGGACGCCGGCAAGGCCAUCACGGACGCUCAGUGUCAGGACAAGACGGACUUCGAGCCCAUGUACAGUGUCGACGUAGACCAAAACGGCUUCCAGAAGACUGAUGAUGACACGCUUGAUGUUACUGUUGACACCAGUAGAACCACCAGCAGUCAGCAGGUCUACUGGAAGGUCAAUGGCCAGAACAUGGACAUCAACUGGGACACCCCAACGUUGCAGUAUAUCGCCCAGAAUAAGACCGACUAUCCCGCGGCUUACAACCUCUUCAAGGUUCCUGACGAAAACAAGUGGACCUACUGGGUUAUCGAGAAUCUUUUCCCUGCUCCUCACCCAAUGCAUCUUCACGGUCAUGACUUCUAUAUCCUCGGUCACUCUGAGCCUGCCUCUAGUGGUCGUGGCGAUGGUGUCCGCUUCAACGCGCAGUCAGACACCUCCAAACUGAACUUCAAGAACCCGACCCGUCGCGACGUCACACAGUUGCCCGGGCGUGGCUGGCUCGUCGUUGCCUUCAAGUCAGAUAACCCGGGAGCCUGGCUCUUCCACUGUCACAUUGCGUGGCACGUCAGCCAGGGUCUGAGUGUUCAGUUCCUCGAGCGCUCAAACGAUAUCGCCAGCGUCAUGAAGAUUAGCGACAUUGACCAGACCUGCGACUCAUGGGGCGAUUACUCGGCCAAUGCCCCCUUCCAGCAGACUGACUCUGGCUUGCCAUAG